AUGGCCAAGAAAGCAAAGGCAAGAUUGAUCAACGUCCGGCUCAUCUCCAUGGCCAUGACCGGCUUCUUCUACACCUUCAAGCGGCCUAGAACAGCUCCCAUGAUGGGAAUGCUCAAGUACGAUCCGAUAGUCCGCAAAAAGGUCUUGUUCCUGGAAACGAAAAAGCGAUCCAAAUAA